AAAGGUGCACAAGUUUGGCACCGCCAUCCUGACCUUAUUUGGGUUCCCGGUGAAUUAGAAGAUGAUGUCACGUUCUCAACGCGGUCAAUUCGCAUACGAUUAGAAGAUGAUGAGGUUGUAGAACUGAAGAUAUCUUCUCCGAAUCAUCUUCCAUUUCUACGUAAUCCAACCAUACUAAUUGGAAAGGAUGACCUCACUGCACUUUCUUAUCUUCAUGAGCCUGCCGUCCUCCACAAUCUACAAGUGCGAUUCAUAGAUCGCGAAUGCAUCUACACAUAUUGUGGUAUAGUCUUAGUAGCCAUCAACCCUUACGCUGAAUGUCCUCACUUGUAUGGGGAGGAGGUUAUACAGGUCUACAAAGGUAUGGGUAAGCAAGUACGCGAACUUGAUCCUCAUAUCUAUUCUGUGGCUGAAGAAGCCUACAGUGAUUUGGUCGAGUUCAACAAAUGCCAAUCGAUUAUUGUGAGUGGUGAAUCUGGAGCUGGCAAAACCGUUUCUGCGAAAUUUGUGAUGAAGAAUGACAACUCCUCGCGUUUCGGCAGGUUUAUCCAGAUAAAUUUUAGUGAUAAGUUCACUAUUUCUGGUGCAGAAAUGAAGACAUACCUGCUCGAAAAAAGUCGCCUUGUUUUCCAGGCUCAACGGGAGCGCAACUACCACAUAUUUUAUCAGAUGUGUGCAGCUCGAGAACACCCGUUACUUCUUGACUUCUCACUAGGUAAUAAGGCGCUCGAUGUAUUGGGAUUUGACCAACAGAAACAAAGGGAUAUCUUUCGAAUACUGAAGGGUAUUCUUCUUCUUGGCAAUACAGAUUUCAAGGAACAUGGGAACGAAUGUGUGGUCUCGCCCGUGAGUGCAACUGAGAUAGCCCAGUUAAGCGAUGAUUACAAAAUUGAUGAAACUCAGUUACGGUUGUGGUUGACAACUAGAGAAAUCUGUGCCGCUGGAGAAAUUGUAAGAAUGGUGCUAGAACCUAAGGAGCAUGUGUUCAAACUGGAGCAAGAAGAGUAUGAACGUGAAGAGCUUUCUUGGGUUCGUAUUGAUUAUUACGACAACCAACCGGCAAUAGAUCUGAUAGAAGGAAGACCGGGACUUAUUGACUACCUCAAUGAGCAGUGCAAGGUGGUUAAUGGAUCAGAUUCUGGUUGGCUGAGUCAAAUGACAUCAUGUUCCACAUUGAAGAAAAACAGCCAACUGCAGAUGCCACGUAUAAAGAGUUCUAGAUUCAUAAUCAAACAUUUCGCGUCAGAUGUUGCAUACUCGAUUGAAGGUUUUGUGGAAAAAAACAAAGACGCUGUCAGUAAACAGUUGCUGGAGUUGGUAUUAACGACAAGGUUUUCUCUACUUCGUGAAGUUCUUGGGUCAAUGGCAAUAUUCGAAGAUACUGCACAUGGCAAGCAAAGUUGUAAGAAAACCGUUGCUGGUCAAUUCCGUGAUUCUCUGUGUGAUCUAAUGAAAGUGCUUUGUAGCACUCGGCCUCACUAUGUGCGCUGUAUCAAACCAAAUGAUGGCAAAGAGAAGUUUUAUUUCGAACCAAAACGCGCCAUAGAACAGCUGCGAGCUUGUGGAGUAUUGGAAACUGUUCGCAUCUCUGCUGCAGGAUUCCCAACAAGAUGGACGUACGAGGAAUUCGCUCGUCGUUACCGUGUCCUGUACAUUGAGAGUAAAUCUCUGUGGCGUGAUAAGCCGAGAAUUUUCGCCGAGCGAGCUUGUCAUAAACACCUUGGAGAGGGUCGAUUCGCACUUGGAAGGACGAAAGUCUUUUUUCGAACUGGCGAAGUCGCGUUGUUAGAACGUGUCCGUGUUGAAAUCUUAAGUUCAUCGGCUAUAAUGAUACAAUCAUGUUGGCGUCGGUAUGUUGCGAGGGCGAAAUAUUUGACUCUGAGAAGAAGCCUCCUUACAAUUCAGGCAGCUACUAAAGCUUUUAUUGCUGUCAGACGACUGUUCUAUCUGCAAAUGCAUCGAGCCGUUAUUGUCAUUCAGACGUGUUUCCGGUAUGAUUUAUAUGAUUUACAGCCUGCUUCAGCACAUUCCACCUUUAGAACUUCUCGCUAUGUUUGUGAAAGCCAAUAUCGUAAACUUCGCAAUACCGCCGUGCUGAUCCAAGCUCAUUAUCGUGGCUUUAAAGUUCGAGCCUUCGUCAAAAUGGUUAGUACAACCUUAUCACAACUGGUGGCACAGCUGGAAGUUUCUUCUCCUUAUUGUUUUAUGAGCGUUUCUUCCAUCGUAAUUCAGAUGCGCUAUGAGAGCUCAGCAAUCACCAUUCAAAGAUACUGGCGUGGAUACUUGGUCCGUCGGGAGGAAAUCAGACAGCGGAAGAGAAUCGUGCUUGUCCAAUGUUGCGUCCGACGAUGGCUUGCGAAAAGGCGUCUUCGUGAACUUAAGGUUUUUUCUAGAAUAUAUUGUUACAGCAAGGUACUUUUCUCACUAGUACGUUAUGUAACCCAUUCGUGCUUUGUGUUGUAUAAGAUAAAACAGUCUGGUUAUGAAGAUACUGAUUUUCACAUCCCUCUCGGGUCGGGAAUAAUGUUCAUGCAGGCUUUAAAACGUUCUAUGCUAUGA